AUCAUUGCAAAUAUGCCAUUUUAUACUUUUAGCACAAAAGGGGAGCGACUAGUGGAUCACCCGUAUAUUCAGGACGACUGUUAUUACAGCGGAUAUGUGGAAGAUGUCCCUGCUUCUGAUGUUAUCCUUUCGACCUGUACUGGUCUUUGGGGGCACAUCCAGAUGGGAAGUUCAAUGUACGAAAUACAGCCUAUCGAGAAUUCCCCCACAUUUCAGCACCUUAUUUAUCUCACUGCUCCCAAGGAGCACGAGCCGUGCAGAGGAAUUCUGGAAGACCAGGAUGAGCUGGAAGCGACUGAGUUGGGAAGGGGCCCAACCACAGACCCCUCCUCCAAGAUGGCUCUCAAGCCUCCGAUCCGGGUGGAGGGUUCUCCCGUCUGGGAGGUUUCCAACCUGUUGGCCCACACUGGGCCAGCGGGGGGAACCUCCCCUGACAUCACCAGCAUGGUGGCGUCGCCUUUGUUGCAAGAUCCUGCGGAUGCAGCACCCAGACACCUGGAGUACUACGUCGUCUGCGACAGCUCUGUGUAUCAGCGGGAAAACCGCAACGAAACUCGCGUGAUGCUACUGAUGCUUCAGAUUAUAUCGGUCCUUCAUAAUGUAUAUGAAGAGAUGGGGCUUCACAUACUCUUGAUAGGCAUGGAGGUGUGGAGAGAACGGGAUUUCUCAAUAGUCAGUCAGAAGAAGCUGGCCAAAACUUUGGAAAGAUUUUAUAAUUACGCCACUUUUGAACUUCAGCGCCAUGUCCGUUUUGACCACGCCACUAUAUACACGCUUAUGGGUGAGGAAGGUUCCUUUGGAAUGUCCCAGGGAGAACACCUUUGUCUUUACAAUCAUGUCUCUGUUUCUGCCGUCAAAGCUUCAGCUUCCACAGCCUACAGUGGGGUGUCUGCUGCGCAUCAGCUGGGCCAUUCUCUAGGCUUCCCCCACGAUGAUAUUCUAGGAGGGAACAGGACCGACUGCGACUGCGACUGCAUCUCAAGGCCUGGACGGUGCAUCAUGUACUCGGGGGUUGUAGAGUGUCCCAGGCUGAGUAACUGCAGCAAAAGGGCCUAUCGCGAACUGUUGCAAAAGCCGGGGGAAAGCUGCUUGCAGAACCUGCCGAAGGAAACGGUGGGAUAUCAAAUCUUGGGUGCUUCGUACAACAACGUUGCUCAGCUGUGGAAGAUCGGAGACAGAAAAUGCAGCGAGAUUCUCACCGGACACGUAGACAAGGUGACGGCGGCGAAAUUCAGGUCCACCCGACACCAGGCCGUGACAGGCAGCCGGGACCGGACGGUGAAGGAGUGGGAUUUGUGCAAGGGGGCAUGUUCCAGGACCAUCCACGUCUUCUCGUAUUGCAACGACAUCGCCUGCUGCGACACCGUCAUCGUCAGUGGACACCACGACAAGACCAUCCGGUUCUGGGACACCAGGGAGCCCGGCUGCACCCAGGUGAUUCCCGGGGAGGGCAAGGUGACUUCCUUGGACCUCAGUCCCGACCAGAUGCACCUGCUGAGCUGCUCCAGGGACAAUGCGCUCAAAGUCAUCGAUCUACGGAUGCAUAACGUCCAGCAGGUGUUCAGGGCCGAAGGAUUCAAGGUUGGCUCCGACUGGACCAAGGCUGUAUUCAGCCCGGACAAGAGCUAUGCCUUGGUGGGUUCUGCCGACGGCACCCUCUUCCUCUGGAACGUCGAGACCGGCCAUCUAGCGAGCAGCUUGCCAGGAGUUCACGGGUCUUCGGUGAACGGGGUUGCCUGGUCUCCCUCCGGACUGUACAUCGGAAGCGUCGACCAGUGCAGGAAGCUGGUCUUGUGGACGUAGCCCCCGUCCUGGGGUCAAGCGGUGAAGGACUCCUCUGUUGUCGUUGGCCUGUCCUUCCCAGUUCCCUGUGGCGUGUGCUGGGUUACCAGCAAGCGGCCAGGUCUUCCUCAGACUUGGAUUUCCUCAGACUUGGACCUGCACCCUGGAUUUCUCUCUUUGAGAUGCCACCAUCGACGACGUUUUAACGAGGGACUUUUGAGGACCGGGGUGUGGCGGCUUCGGCCUAACGGCAAAGGCCUCCCCCAAAGGCUGAGGGCCUCAGUCUCAGCAGAGUUUUCUUCCCUUUUCCUUUUAGGGAAUCCCUGAAGCACUGCUUAGAUCCCUUUCCGAAAGACAGGCUUGAGGUGAUAGAUUGGCCAACGGUUAUUAACCUUCCUCGAGUCUCCUACCCACCAGGUGAGGAGGAGAACCCUGUCGUAGAGUAGUGGAAGGCGGAAGGGCAGAGCCCAUGUGGAGAAUGUUCCGGUACGUCUUUGUCCGUAAGCCACAAAGCCACUGAGAAAGGGUUUCUGGCACAAGGCCUCAAGCCGGUGCAAGCCCAGACAUUUCCAGCUCAAAGUCUGUCUGGAAGAAAAUGAUAGAAAAGGCCUUUCUCUGCCUCAGCCACGAGAGAACCACUGCUGGGCGUGACAGGACGAGAGAGGGAUUAACACUACACAAGAUGGCUUCACGCUUUCGCAGUAAACACUGUCCGCCUGAGCUUUCUAUUCCCUACAUCACAGCAAUGUCCUGAUUAGUUGCACGGGCCCGAAGGAGAGAGAGAAAUGUUGGUCACGUUUUUAAUGUUAAUCUGACUGCUCUUUUGUAGAUAUAAACCAGUUGGCUGGUUAUGAUUGGGAGUUGGCAUGAAUGUUCUAGGGAGUGUCACGUUUCUCAGAGGUGAAAUUGCAACCAGCCUGUAGAGUGCGAUUCUUCAGAAAGAGUCGUGACAGCUGCAAGCAUCGCCAGCUUCAAGAGGGGAUUGGAUAAACAUAUGGAGCAGAGGUC